UGAAGAGAGUGAAGAAGUGAAGAGGACGCGAGACGCGUUGUUUACUUUUGUCAAAAUAAGGGCCUUGUGUUGUAGGGUUUUGAUAUUGCUGAAUCACUCUCUACUCCAAGUCUACUCAACUACAGCAAGAAGGAAGAUGCCACCAAAGAAAGAGAAAGAGAAAGACAAAGGAGCGAAAGAAGGACCAGCGCAGGAAGAAGCGCGGGUGCUGGAAUACAUGCGCCUGCAGAACCGACCGUACUCUGCAACCGACGUGUUCCAGAACCUGCACGGGAGACUUGCGGAGAUCCAAAAGACACCGACGACCACCGCGUUGAAGACGCGUGAAUCCGAGCUGGACGAGCUAAUCGAAAAAGAGUCGCGUCGACUAGACCUGCUCAAGGCUGCAGCAGCGACAGGACCGGCGAUGUCGAGCGCGCAGGUGAGCAAGUUGCGCGCUGAUCUUGAGAAGAUGCGGAACGAGCGAAUGAAGCGUCGGAAGAUGUUUUAUGCGGUCUGGGAUGUUUUACGGGAAAACCUCGAAACGACUGCGCUUUGGGUGUUUAGGACGACCUCGGGCUCGAACAGGAACCGAAUAAUGCUGCAGUCGCAAGCGCAGGGCAGCGGGGCUGCGUUUUUAGAGUCAUCGCGGAGUCCUCCGAGCAAGAACCUCUCUCAUGUUCCCUGCAAGUUCUUCAGACAGGGAACGUGUCAGGCAGGCGCGACCUGUCCGUUCUCGCACUCGAUGGAUUCGCAGCUCGAGCAGGCGCCGUGCAAGUAUUUCCAGAAGGGAAACUGCAAGUUUGGAGCAAAGUGUGCGCUCGCUCAUAUCCUUCCCGACGGCAGGCGCGUGAACCACCGGCAACUCAACGCGAGUGGACUUCAACAGCAACAGCAGCAGCAGCAACAACAACAGCAACAGCAGCAGCAGCAGCAGCAGCAGCAGCAACCACUACAGCUCGGCACGCGCAACACUGUGCUGCGCGAGAACGCGUUCGGCGCAAACGGUCCGUCUGCGCUGGCCCGCUCGCUGCACGCCGCGGCCGCCAACUCGACUUCAAACAACAGCAGCAGCACGGCAGUCGCCGCCGCCCGUCCGAUCCCGAUCGGAAACGAAGAGUUCGCGACGUCGCCCCCCUCGGACUCGUUCCUGGGCUCAUCCGCGCGGACGCUGGGCCCGCUUGAUGCGCCACUGCCUGCGUCGCUUGAUUCGAACGGGCUCGGGUUUCUUGCGCGGCACGGGCCGAUAGCGGCGUCGGUGCCUGCGCAGACGAACUUGAGUUCGUCGAGUAAUGCGUUGAGGAAUCUGUAUAUGUCUGCGUAUGGGAACGCGGAGACGCACGAGGGUGGGAGUGCGUCGACGUCGCUUUCGUCGUCGUUUAAGACGGGGAGGUUUGGUGAGGAAUCGCCUUUUGCGUCGGCGAGUUAUGGACAGCCUACGAUGAUGUCUAUUCUGCAGCCUCAAUCGACUUAUCAGCAGCAACAACCACAACAGCAGCAGCAGCAGCAACAACAACAACAACCACAGCAAUAUCAAGGAAGCAGCAGAGUUAUUGGAUCAGGGCGGCGGUAUGUGUCGUCGUCGUUCCCAGCGCGGUCUUCGAUCUGGCGGGAGCCGGAUGAGGAGGUGUUGACGGUGCCGGUGCCGUUUGCGACGACAGGACACAACAGUCAGGGCAGCAACGGGAUCAACAUCAGCAGCUCGGCGAGUAACAGUAUAAACAUCAUGAACAGCAGCAGCAGUAUAAAUAUGAUGAACAGCAGCAGCUUUGGGAACGGGAUCGGGAUCAGUAGCAGCCAUCACAGCGUGCACAAUUUCAGCAGCAGUAUCGGCGGCGGGCGGGAGGAGGUGGAGGAGGAAGAAGCGGAGGAUGAUGUGUUUGAGGAGGAUUUCGUGCCGGGCUCGUUGACGGAGCUGCUGACGCCGCAGGAGAGACAGCGGCGGGGAUCGUCGUCUGCGAGCGGGCGGUUUGCGGGCGGAGCAGAGUUUGGGAGCAGUCCUGGGAGUAGGCUCGGGCAGUUGUUUGCGAAUGGGGGGAAUCAGAAUGGAGGGAGCGGGACGAGUAGCGCUAGUAGUAGCGUGAAUGCGAUUAAUGCGAUGGGGAUGAGCGGUAAUCAAGAAGGGGCGAUAGGCUCGCCGUUGCGGUACGGGGGUAGUGGUGAUCUGAUUACGAGCGGGACGUCGCCGAGGGUAGUUUCGGGGCUUGGAUCGCGGACGCCGAGUGGGCGACGACUGAGCGGGCUUGUGAUUGACGAGGAAGGACCGGAGGAGUUUGGCGGGUUCCGGCAUCUUUCGCGGACAGAGGAGUGGGAGUGGGAGUGGGAGUGGGAGUGUGGUGGGGUCGACGGAGGGGACGCCUACGCGGAGGGUGGUGCAGGGAGGAGGAGGAGCGGGGACGGUGGAUGAGGAGACGCAGUUUGUGAUGGAUGAGGAGGGGGGGAGUGGAGGAGGGAGGAGUGAAGAGACGAGUGGAGGGGAGGUUGGGUUGGAGGGUGGAUUGGGAGGGUUAGUGUUGAGUCGGUAGUUGGUUCUGGUUGAUUGAUUGAAUAGUUUGAUUAUUGCGAUGCGAUUGUUUUUGUGUUUAUAGUUAUAGUUAAUAGGUAUAGUCAAGGAAAUGAUAUU